CGUUCAGUGACCACGCCCCCGAAAUAACGCUCGUGUGGUGGAGCAAAAAAGAAGAGCCUCAAUUGCAGACAGAAACGGAUUUACCGAAUAUCACGAGUAAAGCUACCAACAUACCAUACAUUUUUAUUUUACGUUGUUGAAAAACUGGAUAAUUUGGAUUCAAGGUAACGUCUGGGUUGUCCUUGCCGCUGCUUGUUUACAGAUCUUGGGAUACGCCGGUUUCGGAUUGUCUGAACUCAGCAAUCUUACAUCAGACGCUAACUAGCCAGUUUGUUGAGUAGUUUAGUUACCGGUAACUAGCUAAAGUAACGUGAUCGAUUAGAUUUUACCGCUGUUACUUAUGCGUAUAAUACUAAGUCAGCCCUCGGGUAUUUAAUUAGAUGUUCUAGUUAGCUUCUUUCUCGGAACAAACAGGUUAGUUUAGUUAGCUAACCUGGCUAGCUAAAGUUAACUGUUACAUUCACAAGUCCCACCCUCCAAAGUACCAUUAAUUAUAUGCUAAGUUAGCUGGCUAGUUUGCUAGCUGGUGUAGUAAGGUAGCUACGUCGUCUGUUUGCUAAUCAGCAAACUAGCUAGUUUAACUCAGAUUGGAUAUAAAUAGUUAGCUAUCUAGCAAGGUAAGUUAUUCAGUGCUGUUGAUAUUGAUAGGAUAUACCAUUAGCUGGCGGGGUUUAGUCGCUACCCUGGCAAAGAGACGGGCGAAAAAGAGGCGAAAUAAAGAGAUCAGGGAGGCCACCGAGGCCGUUUAUUUGUGUUAAUGUUAACGGGUCAGCUGUCAUAACAGCAACUAUCUAGCUAACGUUAACUUGUCCAACUUGACAGCUCAAACAUCAUAAACUAACGUUAACGUCACUGGUCAUAUUUCUUUCUUUACACAAGACCGACCUCCCUUCGACAAAGAAGUGUCACUAUUUGCUUGGACAUUAUUGUUAGCUAGCUAGCUAAGAACAUUUGCAACCUCUCCAGUGAACUGCUCAUCAAUGUCAUCAAGCUAACCCAGUUUCUGUGAAGCUGUUGCCAGUGUCAGCUAUCUCCCGGUAGCAGUAGCUAACUAGCGUGCUACACAUGGACAGAUAUUGAAUUCGUAGCUAGGUACAUUUCUAUUUUUGUACGAAAAACACAGUAUACCUGAACAUAUUUCUAGUUAGAUAGCGCCAUCUAAACACAGUCAUGAGUAUCGAGAUACCGGUGGGAUUGACGGAAUUGCUGCAAGGCUACACUGUGGAGGUACUUCGACAGAGGCCACCGGACCUGGUGGAAUUCGCCGUGCAAUAUUUCACGCGCUUGCGGGACACCAGAGGCCAGGAUGGGGCCGGUGCUGCUGUCAAGCUCGGGAAAGGAGUGAUGUUUGAUGGGGAGCCGAUGCAAACAGAGUCAAAUGGAGACGAAGACGGGUCCGACGAGUCUGAUUUCGAGCCCCCUCCUCCCAGCAGAUACAACCGCAGAGUGUCAGUGUGCGCGGAGGCCUUUAACCCAGACGACGAUGACGAGGUGGAGGAGCCGAGGGUGGUGCAUCCCAAAACAGACGAGCAGCGCUGUCGACUGCAGGACGCCUGCAAAGAUAUUCUACUGUUCAAGACCCUGGAACAGGAGCAGUUCUCAGAAGUCCUGGACGCCAUGUUUGAACUGCGCGUCCAGCCGCAGGAGCAUGUCAUCGACCAGGGAGACGACGGAGACAACUUCUACGUUAUCGAGAGAGGAAUCUAUGACAUAGUGGUGCUGAUUGAUGGCGUAGGGAAGUGUGUGGGCCAGUAUGACAACAAAGGCAGCUUCGGGGAGUUGGCGCUGAUGUACAACACCCCCCGCGCUGCCACUAUCAUCGCCACCCAGGAGGGGGCGCUCUGGGGCCUGGACCGGGCCACUUUCCGUAGGCUCAUUGUGAAGAACAAUGCCAAGAAGAGGAGGCUGUACGAGCAAUUUGUGGAGUCUGUGCCUCUACUGAAGUCUCUGGAGUUAUCUGAGAGGAUGAAAAUUGUGGAUGUAUUAGGAAUGAAGACGUUUUCCGAUGGAGAACGCAUCAUCAUGCAGGGGGACAGGGCAGAUUGUUUCUACAUUGUGGAGUCCGGAGAAGUGAAGAUUAUGAUGAAGAGCAAAACAAAGAUGACAAAGGCGAACCAAGAGGAUAAUGUGGAGGUUGAGAUCACCCGCUGUAGCAGGGGUCAGUACUUUGGGGAGCUGGCCCUGGUCACCAACAAGCCCCGCGCUGCAUCAGUGUACGCUGUGGGAGAGGUCAAGUGCUUGGUAAUAGACAUUCAGGCGUUUGAGCGUCUGCUGGGUUCCUGUAAGGAGAUCAUGAAGAGGAACAUCACCCACUAUGAGGAGCAGCUGGUAGCUCUGUUCGGCUCCAGCAUGGACCUGAGAGACUGACCACCCUUCUCCGUGCCUUACACACAAACGCAGAUUUACAUUCAUUAACAGAGACAUAGACAUUCAGACACACCCACUUACAUAGUAUAAGUACACCCUGACACACAGAAUUUCUAGCUGAACACUCAUAGGUGUACACACACUUUCUACUCACCCCUAAAUAUCACACAGACACUCUUGCAGUUGCUUGAACCUGCUUCAGGCUCUCUGUAUGAAUUGAAAAAGCAACGUCCCUGCUGCUACGACCCUGACACCGCCACAGCACAGCAAGGACAUACAACACACACACACACACACACACACACACACACACUCAUUCGCUCUCCCAGACAUGCAGUCUUGUCCUUUCUCUCUCACACAUGCACACACACACCAACAAACCUCAACCAAGGACACAUGCACACACAUAGUUACCACCCACACUUGAAAAAACAGACACCUGGUGAAAAAGAAAAUAAAUGUAAAAAUAGCAAAAUAAAAAGUUACAAAUGCACACAAAAAAUGAAAAAGUUUAAAGAUACGUUUUAGAAACAUUUUAUGAAGAUAAACAGAAGCUUUGAUAAAAUAUGAUUUAAGUAAAGUGUUUCCUCAUUGGGAUUGAGUCCUUUCUGAAAGCUCUCCUACUGUUGUUGAUUGAUUCAGUUAGUGCCGGUGAUUACCACAGAAGACCCUAAAUUUCAGGGCUAUUGUUAUCAUUAAUCCACACAUGUUGUAUUGAUUAAUGUAUUAUUAUAUAUUCAUUAUUUUGUUUUACUUUGACGAAUUCAGAUAAAACACCAUCUCCGACAAUGUAAAACAAAAAUAUUGUGCUUAUUUCUCCUUGAUCAUCCUGAAUGAGUUGUCCUGGAUAAGAAUAAAGCAAACAUUUUAUUAUA